CUAGCACUCGGCCAUGGUGUGUGGUGCUUAUGCGUUUUAUGAUUUAAACCGGCACACUCGCUUCGCUAGUGGCAGAUGAACUUGCGUAUUGUCCUUGAUCGGUUUCGCAGUAAAAAAAAAUUACAUUUUAUUUUAAUUCAAAAAAGUGUUGGUUUUAAAAAUGUUUCUGUGGGUGCCCCUAAUUGCAUUGGUGUUGUGGACUGUGGUGUUCCGGUACAGGAGACAGAGGAUGUACAAACUGGCGGGAAAGAUCCCGGGACCCAGCACAGAAUUGCCUAUCGUAGGAGUUGCACAUACCUUAGCCGGAAGCACCGAGGACAUAAUGUCAUGGCUACAACGAUAUAGCUACGUGGCUAUGGAAAGUGGUGGAUUGAUGAGAGGCUGGCUCAGCCAUAUACUAUAUUUUAUUGUGACAGACCCUGUUGAUUUGGAAGUGAUACUGAAGUCUUGUCUGGAAAAAGAUGACCUGCACAGGUUCAUACGAAAACUUACCGGAAAUGGCGGCAUAUACGCACCAGUAUCCAUCUGGAGAAGACGCCGGAAGAUCACGGUGCCAGCUUUCAGUCCGAAGAUAGUGGAGAGCUUCGUGGAAGUGUUUUCGGAGCAGAGCGAGAAACUGACGAAGCAGUUGUCAGAUUACGUCAGCACAGGCAGCUUCAGCAUCUGGCCAUUCGUCAGCGCGUAUACCCUGGACUCAGUCUGUGAAUCAGCAAUGGGAGUCAAAAUCAAUGCCCAAGGGAAUCCCAACACGCCUUUCUUACUUUCAUUGAACCGCUUUCUCAAUUUGGCCUGUGAGAGGAUAUUCCAUCUUUGGCUGCAACCAGACUGGCUGUAUAAGUCGUUCACGAAGAAGUACAAUGAGCAUCAGGAAAGUGUGAGCCACAUGCACGAAUUCACUGAUGAUGUCAUCCAAAAGAAGCGAGAUGAGCUCCGCAAUGAACUGGAGACGAACACGGAGGCUGAUCAAACCUAUGAUUUAGGCAAAUACCAAAACAAAUCGUUCCUCGAUCAUCUCAUAAAGAUCUCUGGUGGAGAAAGUGGCUUCACAAAUGUUGAGCUGAGAGAAGAAAUCAUGACUCUAGCCAUGGCGGGGACAGACACCUCGGCUGUGGCCAUCGGGUUCACCUUGACUUUGAUGGCCAAGUAUCCCGAAGUACAAGAAAAGGUCUACCAAGAGUUGUACGAUGUCUUCAAAGACUCCGAUCGUCCUCUAGUGAAAGAAGAUUUAUUGAAACUUAAGUAUUUGGAGAGGGUGGUGAAGGAGUCGCUACGGUUGUUCCCUCCAGUGCCUUUCAUCAUCAGAAAGGUGACAGAAGAUAUCAAAUUACGUAAGUAUUUCAUAUCGAGUUCAUUUUCCUCCGGCCGUAUCCUGCCGGCUGGUUCUGGUGUGGUGUGCUCCAUCUGGGGGGUGCACCGGGACCCCAAGUACUGGGGUCCAGACGCAGAGAGUUUUGAUCCCGACCGGUUCCUGCCAGAGAGGUUCAACCUCAAGCACUCGUGCAGCUACAUGCCGUUCAGUCAGGGUCCGAGGAAUUGUCUUGGUUAUCAAUACGCGAUGAUGUCAGUGAAGACAGCUGUGUCAGCUAUCCUUAGGAAGUACAAAGUGGUGGGACCAAAGGAAAAGACGUCACAACCCCACGUUCGAGUGAAGCUGGACGUCAUGAUGAAGGCCGUCGACGGCUACCAGGUGAUAAAGAAGAAAAGGGAAGAAGUAAAAAAUUGCACUCAGAACGAAACGGAAACCAAAAGUGAAUUUGAUUUAAGUAAUUAUCAAACAAAAACGUUCCUCGAUCAUUUAAUAAAACUUUCUGGUGGUGACGAAGGGUACACGAACGUAGAACUGAGGGAGGAGAUACUGAUGUUGGCGGUAGCUGGCACUGACACUUCUGCGGUGGCUGUCGGGUUCACUAUGAAGCUGCUAGCGAAGUACCCUCACAUACAAGAGCAGGUUUAUCAGGAGCUGCACGAAAUAUUUGGCAAUUCAGAUCGUCGUUUAGUAAAAGAGGACUUGCCAAGGCUGAAAUGUAUGGAUAGAGUGGUAAGGGAAACCAUGAGACUGUUCCCACCGGUGCCCCUGAUCGCACGUCAGGUCGUAGAGGACAUAAAGUUACCCUCAGGUCACAUCCUUCCCGCUGGGGGUACAAUAUCAAUCUCCAUCUGGGGGGCACACCGGGACCCCAAGUACUGGGGUCCGACCGCCGAAGAGUUUGACCCGGAUAGGUUCCUACCUGAAAGGUUCAACCUGACUCACCCGUGCAGUUUUAUGCCGUUUAGUCAAGGACCAAGAAACUGUGUAGGUUACCAAUACGCGAUGAUGUCGAUCAAGACUGUAUUAUCAGCUGUUCUCAGAAGAUACAAGCUCGUAGGGGAACCUGAGGAAACCAAAAUUCCCCAUAUUCGUGUCAAGGUGGAUCUAAUGCUGAAAGAUGUUGAUGGCUUUAAGAAACAGCGAAGAAGAAUGGACGGGUCUUUGGAGAACGAUGAGCCGUUCAUAUUUCGUCUCAACGAUAACGGUUCUGGACCAAGCCUUCUCGUCAAGGUAUGUGCGGAACGAGGCUGGAGAAUGUACCAUGGGUACAGCACCGGCGAGGACCGGUGGAACCUUUGGUGGCGGACCGGCGCGUUCCCUGCUGCGUGCUACAAGGCUCUUGGCGAUUGGCAGUUCAUGAACCACAUACCAAAAGGAGGUUCGAUAUGCCGAAAGGAUGGCUUGUCAAGGUUGCUGCGCUGCAUGAGAAAAAUUUAUGGAUCCAUUUACGACUUCAGUCCACCAUGCUACCACCUCCCGCUGGAGUAUGCGAAGUUGGUGUCCGAGUUCUCCAGGCUGCGACGCAACGAAGAUGGUGACUCCAAUGUCAUCUGGAUACAUAAACCUGUGGCUCAGAGCCAGGGUCGAGGGAUUUUUCUAUUUCGGAGCAUUUGCGAGAUGCGAUGUGGCACUGCUGCGGUAGUGCAGCGGUACAUAGAGCGGCCUCUACUCAUCGCUGGAUACAAGUUUGACUUGCGGCUCUACGUUUGUGUGCCGGGGUACAGGCCUCUGACUGCGUACAUGUAUGCUGAAGGAUUAGCUAGAUUUGGUACGGAUAAAUAUACGUUAUCGGACAUACACAAUCCAUACAGACAUCUGACCAAUUCGUCUUUGAAUAAAUCGGGGCCAAGAUAUGCUGAAUGUAAGGAUCGAAUUGGAAGUGGUUGCAAAUGGACGCUGAAGCAAGUGCGUCGAGCGCUCGUAGGCAGGUGGGGGGCAGCGGAAUGGCUGGUCUGGCAGCGCAUCAGGGCGCUGGUGACAUUGACGCUGCUGGCUCAGGCAGCUGGCACUCCUCCAGCGAGGAACUGCUUCGAGUUCUACGGCUUUGAUGUUCUGCUCGAUGACUCUUUGAAGCCAUGGUUGAUUGAGGUGAAUUUAUCGCCAGCAUUAGGAGCGAACUGUGAAGCGGACACAACGGUGAAGCAACCGAUGCUCCACGAACUGUUUGACUUGUUGGGAUUGCCCAUGCGACACACUGGGCUCUCUCUUCUAAGGGGGCCGUCUUCACAGAUACACAGUUAUUGUUCCGAAGACGAAGGCGGCGUAAAGCGGGUCGUACCGCCACCGCGGGCCGCCACCGCAGGCGUCAGACGCGGUACGCGGUGGCGGCGUCGGCGACCGUUGCCGGUGCACUGCGUCACGCUGCUACCCCCUGUGCCAGAUUAUACGGAGGAGAUCGAAAAAGUAAAGGAGCCGAACAGCGAACGCUCGCUGAAAACUCCGUCUGAAGCUAGUAUUGACAACUUGGAUGCACAGUCCACCUCAAGCGGGGCCAUAACCCCAGCGGAGAUUCCGGAGGAUACGUGGCGCAGCGGACUGACGACCGCCGCCCGCCGUCGGGUCAUGACCGCGUGCGCAUGGGGCAAUGGUGUACGGUGGGACCGCGCCUCGGGCCGAGUGGGCCAGUGGGUGCGAAUCUACCCUCAUGUACUGCCUACGGAUGAUCAGGCGCCCGUGGAAGAUGCCCGCGACAGUGUCGCUCAAGUGUCGAAGUUCCUCCGCGCCGCCCGCGAGGUGUGCCGCGAGGGCGGGCGGGAGCCGCGCGCGCCGCGCGACGCCGCCCGCGACGCCGCCUUCGAGGCCGCCCUACGCAAGAAGCUCGACUGCGGCCCGCAGUUCGAAGUCUGGCUGCCGCCGUUCUAA